UCGGCUCUGUCGUCAGUUUCUGUAACAGCCUCGCGACCGGAAGGUUAUCGGUGUACGGUGAUUAAAAACGUUCCAGCGCCUUUAAUGGUUGCCUCAGCAACAUUAAACCGAACGUGAAAACACGUAGCUCAGUGGCGGACCUUUUGUAGCGCUUCCUCCAGUAACGAAAAAGGGGACGAAAUAAAGGAUUUCGUCGUUGGUUUUGCUUCUUCCCCUUUCAGCUCUUUGUUUUUCGCCGUUCCGGUCAAACGGGUGAGCAACAGCGCCCCCCUGCGAAGACGACUGGGAACAGCCUGAGGAUAGGGAGCCUAACAAGCGGCCGAGCAGCUAGCCUCCCCUGCGACGUGGGUCCCCACAGCCCAGCCGUCCGAUGCGGAGUGAGGAUGUGUCCCGCUUUGGAAGCCCUCAUGCAGGCGGACGGGACUCCCUUUUCAGGGAAGGGGGUGAUGCUUGAGCCCUUCGUGCACCAGGUGGGAGGCCACUCCUGCGUGCUGCGCUUCGGGGAACAGACGAUAUGCAAGCCCCUCAUCCCCCGGGAGCACCAGUUCUACAAAAACCUGCCUGCAGAGAUGAGGAAGUUCACCCCUCAGUAUAGAGGCGUGGUGUCUGUCAGCUUUGAAGAAGACGAGGAGGGGAGCCUGUGCCUCAUCGCCUACCCGCUCCACAGCGAGUCGCUGGACCUGGAGAACAAAGACCCGUCGUCGGACUGCCAAGAACCCAAGAGCAAGAUGGUGAAGUGGAGCAACAAGAAGCAGUCCCUGCUGCUGCAGGAGAACGAGAACUACAGCAAGGACAGAGCUCGGAACAGCCGAAAGGAGGACAAGAUCAUGAGUUACAAUCGUGAUGAGGUCCAGCAGCAGCAGGCAGAGGUUCUGUACUUCAGCUUGGAGAAAGGCAACGUGGUUCCGCAGAUCAAACACAACCCCUGGAGUCUGAAAUGCCACCAGCAGCAGCUACAGAGGAUGAAGGAGAAUGCGAAGCAUCGCAACCAAUACAAAUUUAUUCUGCUGGAGAACCUGACGUGGCGCUACGCGGUGCCCUGUGUGUUAGAUCUAAAGAUGGGAACUCGGCAACAUGGAGACGACGCUUCAGAGGAGAAGAAGGCCAACCAGAUCCGGAAGUGUCAGCAGAGCACGUCGGCGUCUAUUGGAGUGCGGCUAUGCGGGAUGCAGGUGUACCAGUCGGACUCCGGCCAGCUGAUGUUCAUGAACAAGUACCACGGGCGGAAGCUGACCCUUGCAGGUUUCAAGGAGGCUCUCUACCAGUUCUUCCACGACGGCCGGCGCCUUCGUCACGAGCUGCUGUCCCCGGUGCUGCGGCGGCUGCGGGAGAUGCAGGCGGCGCUGGAGGCCUGCGAGUCCUACCGCUUCUACUCCAGCUCCUUGCUCAUCAUCUACGACGGCGAACCUCCCAGGACUCCCGCCAGACCCAGACACCGAGGAGGGGAGGAAGGUGAUGAGGACGAGCUGUCUGAUGAGGAGGAGGAGGAGGAGGAAGGGGCGUUUGGUUUCCCUCGCUCCUCUUCCAGCAGCGCUGCCGGCGGUUUGUCCGGCGGCGGCGGCAGCAGCCGCUCGUCGCACGGCGCAGGAGAGGCCAGCAGCCCCGAGGUGGACGUGCGCAUGAUCGACUUCGCCCACACCACAUGCCGGCACUACGGCGAAGACAGCGUGGUCCACGAGGGCCAAGACAGCGGCUUCAUCUUCGGCCUCCAGAAUCUGAUCACGAUCAUCUCCCAGCUGGAGGACAACAGCACCGACUGAGCGCGCGCCGGAGCUGGCAUGACCUGAACGAACAAGCAUGGGAAAGCUCUCGGAGUUAAAAACCCAGCUGCUUUAACACCCCCCCUCCCCCCCGAGGUGCUUCAUAUGCAGGGGUCCGCUCGGUGGGAAGCCCCAGACGCCUCUCGGUUAGAGGAAGAGUCUGCGAGGCCGACCCCCCCGCGCUCUCGCUCACCUGCCGAAGGAAAGGGCUGUGGUGCCCUCCCUUGCACUUUCCUCUUUGAGACUGAGACUUUUUUCUUUUGUCUUUGUGGUAGAUGAUAGGAGCAAAGUUGCAUGAGACGGACAGUUUUUCUACAAAAACACAGGUUCUGUCCUUUGGUGUUGUAGGACGCCCCCCCCCCCCCCCCCCCAACCUCGCCCAUGCCUCUCUGGUACAAAACAAGUAUCUUUGUUAAGUUCUCUCUGGGAGAGAAAGAGAGAGGUGGAGACUUUUGAAGCUAUACGUAGGUAGGAUGCUGCCGUGGUGCUUAACCUGUGAUAUUACAUCCCUUUUUUUUUUUUUUUUUUUUUUUUAAAUGAACUGCCCCCAACAGGAGAGCACAACUUAGUGGAGGCGUUAACUAGUUACCUGAACAAGCUGACCUUAGCUGGCUUAGUCAGCAGCCUUGUAGCAAUGGACAAAUUAAGCAUCUAAUAAGGACUUUUUGUGUUUUUAUAUUGAUGUCGUGUGAGAGAGAUCGUGUCCACCAAGCACUUGGGUUUAUACUUUUUUUUGUUGGUGGGAUUUUAUUUAGGUUUAGAAGAAGGGAUCUGCCUUUUUUCGUCAUUUAUUUUUUUUCUUUCCUGCACUUCUUGCCUAUAAAAAGACGUUUUUUUGAAAGAGGAUUUCAUUGCAGUUUUUUUUUUUUCUUUUUUUUGUCAUCUAUCUUCUUCUUCAUUCCCGCAAAUCUGACUUGAAGAGGAUAUAUUGAUAAGAACACUAGCUUCAGAGACUAUAGACUAUUUAUUUAAAAAGGAUUGUUUAAAAAAAUGGAAACAAGCACAUUCCUUAUUACCACUUUAAAUGCUGUGUCCCGAGCGUCUUUGAUUUAUUUUGUUUUUUUUUUUUUUGCAUACUUGUGUUAACAGUGUCUUGGUAAAUAAAGGCAUUCAUUGUGGUAAAAAUCA